AUUCCUGAUCCUAGCACCUAACCGGGCCGACUGUGGGAAUCGUGAAAUUCUCGUGAAGGAGCUGUACAGGAAGCUAGAAUCGUGUAACGCCGUGUUCUCAAAUAGUUGUAUGACAGUUACACUUCACUGAACAAGUGGCGAGUUUUCCAAGAUUAUUGUUUUUGUUCGGUGAAAGAGGGAGGGAGUUUCAGCUAAUGCAUAGAUUGCUCGUUGCACUCUGGGGAGGAGCAUAGAUUCACGUCUCCUUCCAGACUUCUGCAUUUGCGUGGCCUGCGGAAAUUGCUGUGAGUUUUGUGGUAAUGGUAAUUAAACACUCAGAUUGCUAUCAGUCCAAGUGCAAUAUCUGUGUCAUUGCUUACUUGGCGACUGGCACUGAAAUCGAGCACCUGGAAUGGAGUUAGGAGCUGCGGGGUCCCUCCGUGUCAGCAACUUCGUGAGAGGAAAUAUGCGUAUGAUAAAACGAGGAAGUAAUGAUAAAUUCUUCUAAAGUAAGUUUCACUUUAAACAGGUUGGACAGAAGUAUGUCAUGAGACACAUGGAGGAGAAACGAAUUUAGGAAUAAUUUAUCUACAGUCCGGGGAGAUACCUGCACAUCCAAUUUUAACCUCUUGGCCACUUCCGAUUUUAAUCCUUUCCGUGUUGGGCCUUACCUGUAAAGUCUGGAGUGUUUUUUCCUGACCAAUUUCCUCCUGCAACCUUGGAAUCUACUCAUGCCUUUGGCUACAGAAAAGUCACAGCACGCAAUGAGUCUAUUGGGCUUGCUAACUUCAGGCAAGGGAAAUCUCCUCAUUCCUUGCACAGCAGUCCUUGCAAUUCUCUGUUCAGUUGUUCGUCCAGAAAUACCCAAAGAUGAUAAUAUCUAUAUCGGGAGCUGAAUGCACAAUUCUGCUUUGUAAACAUCUCUGUGAAGUGAUAUGGGACCUGCGUAUUAGGUUCCGGAGGGAGAACAGCCUGGUGGUAUUUUUACUAGAGUGCUAAUACAGAGACCCGGGUAACGAUCUGGGUUCGAACCCAUCAUGCCAGCUGUUGGAAUUUGAAUUCAAUAAAGAAUCUGGAAUUAAAAGUCCAAUGGUGACCAUGAAUCCAGUCGAUCGUGGUGAAAACCCAGACGGAUCACUGAUGUCCCUUUUAGGAAGUGAAACUGCUAACUUUGCCCAGCCUGGCUAGUGACACCCACCCCUCCUCAUCAUCUUGUGAAUGAAUGAAUUAAAACAAAACGAUAUAAUAUUGCUGCAAAGUGACUUGGAUCAUUGCACUGUGGGUUCCAAGUGCUCUGUGAGUCGAAAUGGUUGUGGGCUGACAGGAUUUCAGGGAGGGGCGGUAACAGUAAUUGGUGGAGGGGGUGGGGAGAAGCUGCUGUCAGUCUGGGUGUACAGCAGAGCUGAUUGGAACAGAGGACAGAAGAAAACAGACGGGAUAGCGGGGUGGAAGCAGAGGAGAUGCUGCUGGAAAAUGUGAAGCAGAGCGGUUCCUUGUCUUGUCCCGCGAAAACGCUGUUGAGUGAGAUGCUGCUUCCCGAAGACUCGACCUCCUGGAGCAUCUCGUUCGCCGGCUGCGGGUUCCUGGGCAUUUACCACAUCGGCGUCGCCAGCUGCCUGUUGGAGCACGCCCCGCAGCUGGUCCACAACGCCAGCAACAUCUACGGUGCAUCGGCCGGAGCGCUGACAGCCUGUGCCCUGGCCAGCGGAGCUUGUCUCGGAGAAUGUGGCGCAAAUAUCAUUGAUGUUUCCAAAGAAGCACGCAAGAGGUUUCUGGGUCCACUCCACCCUUCCUUUAACUUGAUAAAGAUCAUCCGAAGCCGGCUUCACAAAGGACUUCCAGACAAUGCACACGAGUUGGCAACAGGUCGACUGGGCAUUUCGUUGACCCGUGUCUCCGAUGGCGAGAAUGUUCUGGUGACGGUUUUCAACAAUAAUGAGGAGCUCGUCCAGGCCUGCAUAUGCAGCACAUUUAUUCCUGUGUACUGUGGACUAAUACCCCCAACACUGCAAGGAGUGCGAUAUGUUGAUGGAGGAAUUACAGAUAACUUACCUCAAUAUGAACUCAAAAACACAAUUACAGUGUCGCCCUUUGCUGGAGAAAGUGACAUCUGUCCUCGUGAUGGCUCUAACAAUAUGCAUGAAUUAAGAAUAACCAAUACCAGCAUUCAGUUCAACCUGCAGAACCUAUACCGCCUUUCCAAGGCAUUAUUUCCUCCUGAAGCAGAGGUGAUGCGGGAUAUGUGCAAACAAGGAUACAGUGAUGCACUUGACUUUCUCCAGAAGAAUGCUCUGCUGAACCAGCGACAGCCUUUGCGCAGUCCUUCCCAGUCAGCUUCUGGUGAAUGCGAUACAGCUGAUAAUGUUGAGGAAGAUUCAGCUGCUCAACUGUUGGACCGGGUCAGUAAGAACGAUGAUCAGAUCCUGGAACAUCUGUCACCGCGGCUGCACAAAGCACUACUUGAGGCCUGUGCUGACAAACGAGGAUUUCGUGCAGUCUUUGCAAACAUGCUGCCAGUCCGCCUCGCCUCGACUCUUAUGCUUCCUUACACCUUGCCUCUGGAAUCUGCAGUCUCAUUCACCAUAAAAAUGUUAGAAUGGUUGCCUGAUCUGCCAGAAGAUAUUGACUGGAUGAAAGGCCAGUUUACCAAUAUUUUGUGUUACUUUGCUACGAAUGCCAAGGCAAAACUGGGACGUCAUCUUUCAACAAGGCUGCAAUACAGUACAAAGUUACAAAGGACCCAAAGCCUUUUCAUAUCACAGAGACCAUCUCCCUACACCUCAGUGAAGAAGUGGAUCCGGAGCAAUACUUCUGUGAUGGAUCUGAUUUCCAAAUGCGAAGCGUACCAGCGUCACCUCUGGCCCAGCAUGCUGUCAUUCAACUGGGAAGAGCAGGCCUCUGUCCUUCAGGAUGAUCUCAGUUCCGGCUUAGAGAUGAAACCCUCGAUCCACCAUGGGGACCAGAUCUGACCAUGAGAAGGAGCAUCCUUCCACACACUCAUACCAAUUCUUCCUCUCAGUGUCAUGCCACCUGCAGAUAUUUUUGUUAUACAAGUGUUCAUAUGUUUUUCUUAUGCACCAGCAUGCCGCAUGGAAAUGAACUGCUUGAAAACUUGUGGAAUUAUGCGUUCCAUGCAAACCAUGCCUCCUGACAAACUUCUUCCAUUUGAGCAAACUAUUUUCUAUGAACCACUUUGCUGUUGUUUGCAACCACUAAGUUUGGGAUACAUCUAGUUUAGAACUUCAAUAGAGCAGUACCCUGAUAAAUAAAUGUGUGUAAUUACUGUUUUUAAGGUAAUUCUAUAAAUUUAAACAUGAAGUGAAAUUUUACAAUUUUUUAAAAAUAUCAAAUUUAUUCAGAGAAAUAAUGUAUACUAAUACAAAUUAUUUUUUUAAAAAGAUAAGAAUUAUAAAGCUAAAUUUAGCUUUGGGAUAGGGGUUUGAUUUUCUUAAUGGAAUCAUGAAAUUUGUGGAAACAUGAGCCAUGCAAAGCUGAGAAUGACCAAAGGUAAAGUUAAUACCAGAAGUAAUUUCAGACUGAGGGGAAUCAUAUUUAGAAACACUGCAGUUUCUCGUGAAGUGGUGAACUGAAAAUUGCAUACAUAAGUAUUCAUACCUCAUUUCUUUACAUGUAGGAUCAAUGCAAUAUUCUUAUGCCAAAUCAAUGCAAUUGUGAGCUAUAUAUUUAAGUCUUUGAUUCAUUUUAGUUGGAACCUUUUGGCAAAAAAAAGUGGAACGUUUGCAGUGCCACUUCAAAUCCUUUGGUUUAAAAUUCUUAGUUUUAAACCUGUGAAUGGAUUUAUUGGUCAGUUCUUUUCUAUUUCAAAAUAGCAAUAGCUGUCUAUAUAUUUAUAGAUUCUUUCCAUAAUUUUUCUGAUGUACCUUGACUACUAGGUUCAUAUUCUCAGCUUAUACGUAUUUUAUUAUUUUGUUUGUAUUUCACUUUUUAUGUUUUGCGACUCCAUCGAUGUGGGUGUAGUUUGCGUAAAUCUGUCAGCUGAACUUAAGCUAUAGGCUUUCGGCUUCUAUGUUAGUUACCUCUACCUGUACAGUGUUCUAUUACUUAUGACACAUGCCUUCCCACUGAUUUCCCAGUCCCAGACAUCCAAGAUCCCCAAUAAGUAACAUGUCCAUCUUUUGAUGAGCAAAUAGUUUAGAGGGCUAAAGUUUCGCAUUACAAAUGUUCACCAAGGUGGAAUUCACCUUGGGCAAUGGCAUAAAGUGGACCUAAAGUGAGCGCUGAUGAAUAUCUGGUUGUAUACAACCACCAAAGAUAAAUUUGCACCUUGUUACACAAUGUCCUGAGAAUCAAAUCAUUGUAAAUUAUCACUAGGCCACUGAAAUAAAAGUAGUUUUUGAAUGGACUGCAUCUCCAUAAAAGUAUCUUCCAGUAACUCUUUACAGUUAAUUGUAGUAGUCACAGUGAUUACAUGCAAAAGUAACAUAUGCAAUCCUCCGAACGUGGGGGUUUAUUUCAUAACCUUUGUGCAUGCACUUACUUUUAAAUUUGCAUAUAAACGCAUAAUGUACUUUACAGAUCCUUUUCCCUGCUCCACUUUGUAGAGACCACUGUAACCAAUGUGGUUUCAUCUAGUACAAUGACAGUUAGAAUUUAUUCUUAGUUCAUUAAUUUCAUAGAACUGAACAAAAAAUUAUUGCACAGUUGAUUAUUUUAUGGAGCCUUUUCAAUUGUUUCCUUUCUGUUUUAAGCAUUAGCCCAUCAUUGAGCUACAAGUGAUCUAUUGCAGAUGAUGGAAGAGUGGCUUACUGUAACUCUCUGCCACUAAUCUUCACAUUCUUUCCAGUUGGCAACUCUGAAUUAGACUCUGCAGCUUUCCCAUGACUGUUGGAAACAAAGUAUGUGCUUAUGUCUUCUGUUUCCUGAAACCAGUCACUAGCUUGUUACUAGAGGUCUCAGCUUGAGGAGCCACUACUCCACAUUGAGCAUGGCUGACUAGGAGAAGAUCCUGUUCUAACUAUCUUUCCAUAGGCAUAUGGGAAGGAUUUGCAGCUUGACAAUCAACUUGUUAAACCACAUCAUGAGCACACUUUUUGUGUGGCCAUCAAGACCUGGAGUAGGACUCAAACCCAAAGAAUCUAGCUUCGAGGUAGGCAUGCUACCCACUGCAUUACAAGAUAUCCCCAUGGUCUCUUACUUAUUGAUCUACAUAAUUUGCAGCUAUUGGAAAUGAGGGGUUUAACGAGAUGUGCAUGCUCAGUGAUACAGUGCUCUUCGCUAGCGGUGGUAAAUGGAUUUACCUAAUCAGCCCACCCAUUUUACAGCACACUCAAUUUCUUUCCCCAUUAAAGCCUAUUCAACAUCGACCCAUCUCAUGCCACAAGUUCAGAUCCAUUCUUUUGCCUCUCCCCUUGCUUCUAUACCAAUCAACUGCCCAGCACUAGCUGACAUUUAAAUGAAAUCUAUUAUAUUUAUAAUAUAUUACCUUGUAUAUAUUAUGUUUAAGACUAUACUGCCCUGUGUGAUUUAUCUACAUUAUUUUAUUAUGGAUUAAGAACAUAUUGACUUGCAUAAUUUAUCUCCACAAUAAGAUGUUAAAUUUUGAGAAUGCUGAUAUAAACUGUACAUAGGCUCCAGCCUAAAAGAUGUGGAUUCUACAAAAAUGGCCAAUUUUAAGUAGCCAAAAGGAGAAUAGAUUUAUAGUAUAAUCAAAUUAUACUUAUUUCAUUGAGGCUGUAUUUUAUUAAGCUCUGAGGGAGCAUUUGAAAUUAGUUAUUGACUGAGUUGCAGAUUCGAGUGGGGAUUGACUGUAAUUUAAGGAGGAUCAUAGUGGUUUAUAGGGAAUUGAAUUGCUUUCCACUCUCUUCCCAGUUUCCCCCUUUUGAGGGCACUGAUCUUUGGUGGGUUAUGUUUGUUUUUAUAUAUAAUAAGUAGCUGCGAGUAAACCAAAAUGAUAUAAUUAUUCACCCAUGGAGAGCAUCAUAAACAGAACUGAUUCCGUAGGUGCUUUUCAUGUCUUUAUUCACUGGAUAACAAUCAAACAUUAAACAAAAAGCUUCUUCCUUUGCUCCUUUUUAGGUUGGAAGUAUCAAGGCCACUCUCAUGUCCUGCCUAGCUUCAGCUAACUUGACACAAGCCUGUGCCCAAGCUUGGGAAAUCUGGCCUCAUGUAGCUGUAAUUUAAGAGUUUCAAACAUACUGGAAGGCAUGGCGAGCAAACUAAUAACCUUAUGUUCCUACAAUUCAAAUGAUUUUGCAACUGAAUUACAAAAUUUUAACAUAUUGGCACGAACUAUAGAGUAAGCAGUACAGUGCACGUCUAGGGAGAGAGUCUAUGCGAGAUGUGAUUUCCUGAAGGUCUCCUGCUGAUCUUAAUUUUGCACUUGCAGUAAAUUAAUGCUGAGAAUAGAGGAGAGGUGAUGCUGCUUUCCUCACAUGCUGAUUUUGAGAUAUCUCCAUGACUGUAUUAAUUUAUAAUCUUUUUUGAGGGGCUAUUCUCUUUUGAUUUUCCCACUCCCAACUGAGCUAAAACCUAUCUAUAAUUUGCAUUAGACUAUGAGGGAUUAUGCUUCAUAUUUGAUACCAUACCUUGACUUCAUUUUUAUAAUUCAUAGAUCCUGAUAAAACCACUGUACCAUUUCGGAGCUUUCUCAUUUAAACCCGAGCCAAAUGACACUCAUGUUUUGCCAGGAUUGUCGGUAUGCAGUGAAAUCUGCAUGUUGUAUCAUUUUGUAAAUAAUAUCUUUGGAUGAUAUUUAUCAUGACACAAAUUCAGUCAAGAUAUUUUAUUCUAUGUUUUAAAAAUUAUACACUUCAACACGUGGAGAAUGUGCAGUUUGGUGAGCAAUAUGUCCUUCAUAUUCUCACUAAGUUUCACUCUGCAGACCCCAUUGAAUUUGAUGGUUAGUCUUGCUUUAGUUUAUAGGGGUGAUGGUUAGUCUCUAGUUUGUAGGGGUGGGAUGGUUGCUCAGUGGUUAGCACUGCUGCCUCCUUGUGCUAGGUUUGAUUAUAUCCUUGGGCGACUGUGUGUGUGCAGUUUGGACAUGUCUGCAUGGGUUUCCACUGGGUGCCCUGGUUUCCUUCCAAUGUCCAAAAAUGUGCAGGUUAGGUGGACUGGCCGUGCUAAAUGACUGGUAGUGUCCAGAGACAUGCAGGCUGGGUGGAUGAGCAUAAGGAAAUGCAGGGCUGCAGGGAUAGGUCUGGCUGGGAUGCUCUUCAGAGACUAGCAUGGACCUGAUGGGCCAAAUGGCCAGCUUCCACACUGUACGGAUUCUAUGAUUAAAUCUAAUAGAGGUGUUGUAAGUGGAGGGAUAUUGAUCAGAUAAUCUGAGAAACACCAUUGCGAGAAUACAGAAUACUUUGCCAGAAAUAAUAAGGGAAGUCCAUUGGAUUUUCAGUUUGUUGAAUUUAAUGGAGUAAAGAUUGGCAGAUACGAUAAAGAGCUGGUUAUUAAUUCUGUUAGAUCACUUUCCAGGUAGUGGACUACUCUACUUUCUUCAGAACUUAAAGUAGAUCCUAUCUGGAGAAUAGUUGUGCUGGGAGAUUUGUUGAAUUGUCUGUUGAUAUCUUUGUAAUUCAGUGUGGCAAAACUGUACUUCCCACCCAUGCCAAUACAAAACUUGAAUCGUCCGAUAUUUAGCCUAUCAUCCACAAUGUAACGGGUUGGCUAAAGCAAUGCAAUUCAAAAUAAAGAAGGACCUUGGGUUCCAAGUGGAGCUUGAGUUGCAUUUGAUCUUAUCUAGCUAGGACAGCAGCUCGCAUUUAAAUAGCGCCUUUUUGAAGUAGCAAGAUGUCCCAAGGUGUUUCUCAGGAACAAAUAUUUGUCACGGACUCUCAAAUGGAGAGAUGAAGACUUGAUCAAAAGCUUGUUUACAGAGAGUCUUAAAGGAGGAUGGAAGGGUUUGAGGAGGGAAUUCUGGAGCUUGAAGGCAUUGGUGUUAACAGUGGAAUGAUGAAUGAUGCAAAUACUUGAAAUUAGAAUUGAAAAAGUGUGAAGAUUUUGUGGAGUUGCUGGGCCAGAGGUGGCUAGAGAGAUCUGGUUGAGUUGAGGUCAUGGAGUAAAUUUUAAAAUGGGAUUAAGAUUUUUUUUAAAAUUCCAAGUGUUGAUGGAUUUGGAGGAAGUGAAUGACAAUGUAGGUUAUGAGCACAGGGUGGAUUGUUCAGUGGAACUUGGUAUGAGUUUGAGAAUUUUGGACAAACUGAAAUAAGAUGCCAACCAACACAGCACUGGAACAGUCAAGUCUAAAUGAACAAAUGUUUGAGAGCUUCUACAGCAGAACAAUUGAGAUCAUUCAGGAUGUGAAAUUAGGAAAUCUUGAUGUAGGAGAGGAUAUGGAAAUUCUUCUCUGGGCCAAAUAGAAAACAAAGUCCGUCCUCAGACUAUAGCUGGAGAAAGGAAUGGAAUCAAUGUUAAAAGAAGUGAGUUUGAGACAAAGGUUUUAGUCUUCUCAAUAUUGAAGUGAAGGAAAUUUUUAACAUUGAUUACACUACAAAAUUACUUUGGCUGUGAAGUUUCCUGGGAUCUCCUAAACACAAAGGUAUAACUAUAGUUAAUUGGUUACUUGUUAAUAAAUGCAGAGGAGAUAGUGAAUUGCAUAGGGUUGGAUUUUACACCGCUGCUUGCAAGUUUGAAAGUGAGGGUCAUAAAAUAAAGCACGAGGACUUCCUGCUGCCAGUCAGCCUGUCUGUCUGAAAUCUUCAGCCUGUCCCCCCUUCGGCUGACUGAACCCUUAAAGUGACCAGUUGACAGUUGCCUUCUGAUACAUCUGCAGCUCUCCAAAGUGCACUUUUUAUUGAGAUUGGUGAAAGUUUUGUCUGUAAUACAAUUAACAUUGGUGUUGAAUUGCUGCAGGGUGGCUGUGAACAUCACGAGUGAGAAACCCCACCUUGACCAUUCUGCCCACGAAUCCCUGGCUUUUCAGUCUGGGGGUUGGGCUUGAUGGCAUCUUCCCUAUAAAAUCCACCAAUGCUGUCAACAAACGAAAAAAAUUCUUUGAAUCGGACAUUGCAGUCCAAGAAUGUUGGAAUGGUACAGGAGACUGAAACUGGCUAAAGUGCUGCAUUUAAAUUCUCUGUGUAUUGUGCCUGACAAACGGUCAGAAAAUUAUUUUUGUUACCGGUCUGCUCUCGUGCUCUCUCUAUUUGCAUACUGUCCUUUGUAAAUAAUUCCUGUUCUUUGGCAAUCAAUCAAUAAUCACACACAAUGUUGCUAUACAGGAUUUUAAACCUGUUGGGACUUGAUAGCAAUUAUGAAGCCUUUCCUGUAGAAAACUUCCCCUGAAAUCUGUAAACCAUCCUUAUUUAUAUAUUUUGCCAAGUUUCUCCUCACUCUGCAGAUGCACUGACCCAUGCUUCAUAAGUCUCUGGUCUAUUUCGACAAUGCCCACACUCCAAGUGUUUGCAUUUUUCACCUGUCAACGGCACCACACAAAAAUGUGAUCCUUCCUCCUGCAGUUGUGUUUGCCCUUUCUCGUUCAUGUCCGAACACACAUCCUUUUCUCUUUCCCUUUCUCAUUUCACUGUACACAUUCUGUAGAUUUGAUUUUUAAAAAAAAUUGUUCCCUAAAUAUUGCACUAAUUCUGCCGUUCAACCCCUACACCACUAAACUAUCUUCAGUACAGGAAAAUUACUAAUCGCUAACCUGGGGCAACAGUGUAGGAAUCAACAUUACGAAUUUCUGGCAUGUAUGAUGUUGCUGUCAAAUUGUAUAAUGUGUAAAGCCAAUUGUGAUCAGGGAAGCAUAGUUUUAUAUAAUUUGUGUAUUGAUUUAGAUCUGAUUCAAUUUGCUGUGUUGUAAUAUUUAGCCUGUCUUGUUAAUGAUUAUUAAUAAAAAUGUUGUAAUUAA